AUGGUGGCUCAGAUCUUUGCUGGCGCGCUCGGAGGAGCAGUUGAAGUUACGGAGUUCGGGUCACGUGACCUCGACUACUACGAUUGGACGUUCGGGCAGGUCAUUGCGAUGCUAUUACUCGCUGGGCCCCUGGUAACGAUAGUGGAAUCAUUCUGCUCGGAUGCGGGGCGAGGAAAGUACUAUUCUGCGGGAGAUGAAACACAUGGGCUCUCUGCUCCAGAAGUAACCACGGCCCAGACAAUGCUCCCUGCUUCUGGUAGAUCCAGUCCUAUUCUUGCACCGUCCAGAAACAGUCACCAUCUUGGCCAUGCCACCUGGCGCUCAUACUGCAGCAUUCUACGUAUGUCCUUGGUGUAUUGCAUGCUGAUGUCAUUGCCAAUCCUGGGACUCCUACUUCCUUGUGCCAUAGGAGUCCGUUCUUUCACAGGAGCAUUCGUCGUGUUGGGCGCGGGUCGUUCAUGUUAUUUCUUUCUCUUUGCUCCAUUGAUCGGCCUUUGGGAGCUGAUUCUCUUCUCACUUGCAUUUGAUGAUUUAUUGAAAGGGCAGAAGCGAUGGAUAAGAGUUACCCUGUGGCUUCUUAACAUCUUCCUUUGCCCUUCCAUUUGUCUGGUCUGGUUGUUUUAUUUCUAUUUGAUCGGAGCAGAAGACACAAGUCUUGCCUGGCUGGGUGUUCCUCAAGCAGCGCUCUUUGUUGCCUAUGGCCUUGUUAGGAUACCGGGAUCAGUGUUACCAAUCACCAGAGUAUUUGCUUCAACUGUUUAG